AUGAAAGAAUUGUUUGCCAAUGAUAAUAAUCGAUUCAAUACUUUCUCAUAUCAAUUCAGAGGUAACAACAACGACAAUAAAAAUGAAUCUCCUUCCACCAUUUUACUUGAUUUUUCAAAAAAUCGAAUCACCGAUGAAACUUUUAAAUUAUUGAUUGACCUUGCGCGUGAAGCUGAUGUUGAUGUGUUUAGAAAUAAGAUGUUUAAUGGUGAACAUAUCAAUUUUACCGAAGAUCGAGCUGUUUUACAUAUUGCAUUAAGAAAUGUUUCAAAUAAUCCCAUUAAAGAUGAUAAUGGUGAAAAUAUUGUCCCAGCUGUUAAUGAAGUAUUGGAACAAAUGAAAAAAACUUCAACUGAGAUCCGUGAUGGAGUUUGGACAGGUUAUACGGGAAAAGCAAUAGUAGAUAUUGUUAAUAUUGGGAUUGGCGGAUCAGAUUUAGGACCAGUGAUGGUGACUGAAGCGUUGAAACCAUAUGCUAAAGCUGGUCUGAGUGUACAUUUUGUAUCAAACAUUGAUGGUACUCAUUUGGCAGAAACUUUGAAAAAGUUGAAUCCAGAAACUACACUUUUUAUCAUUGCAUCAAAAACUUUUACUACACAAGAAACUAUCACUAAUGCCACAUCAGCUAGGAAUUGGUUUUUGAAUACUGCAAAAGAGGAUAAAUAUGUUGCUAAACAUUUUGUAGCUUUGUCAACAAAUACAAAAGAAGUUACCAAAUUUGGAAUCGAUCCUGCAAAUAUGUUUAAGUUUUGGGAUUGGGUUGGUGGAAGAUAUUCUUUAUGGUCUGAAAACAAUUUGCCAGUGAUUUUGGGUGUCCUUGGUAUAUGGUAUAAUAAUUUCUUUGGUGCUCAAACUCAUGCCAUUUUACCAUAUGAUCAAUAUCUUCACAGAUUUCCUGCUUAUUUCCAACAGGUAACUAAUAUGGAAUCUAAUGGAAAAUAUGUGUCAAGAUCGGGAAAAGAAGUAGGAUAUUCCACAGGCCCAAUAAUCUGGGGUGAACCAGGUACUAACGGACAACAUGCAUUCUAUCAAUUGAUCCAUCAAGGAACAAAAAUAGUUCCAGCAGAUUUCCUGGCACCAAUUGAAACACACAAUCCAAUCUCCAAUGGCCUACAUCAUGAAAUUUUAUUAUCAAAUUUUUUUGCACAGACAGAAGCUUUAAUGAUUGGUAAAAGCAAAGAACAAGUCUUGACAGAACUUGGUGAAGGUUUCAAGAAUAAAGAUUUGAUUGCACCUCAUAAAGUUUUUAUUGGUAAUCGGCCAACAAAUUCUAUAAUUUUUCAAAAAUUGACUCCUGCCACUCUAGGUGCUCUUAUUGCAUUAUAUGAACAUAAGAUUUUUGUACAAGGAAUCAUUUGGAAUAUCAAUUCUUUUGAUCAGUGGGGCGUUGAACUUGGUAAAGUUCUUGCUAAAAAGAUAUUACCUGAAUUAGGAAAAGAUAACAAGUCGGUUGUUUCUUCUCAUGAUUCAAGUACUAAUGGAUUAAUUAAUUAUUACAAAAAUAACAGAAAUUUUUAA